CAUUCACAAAACCAAAAAAGAAACCUCAUAUACAUAUAUGCUUAGCCUAUCAUGAGCAACAUCCCCGCAUCUCUCACCGACUCAUCUCUUUCCAUCUUUCUCCUUACUAUCUCUUCUGCCGUCGAUCCUUGGCCCUUUUCUAUCUCCGUCUUCUAACAUCAACCUCUGCUUUAUCUCCGUUGCGCGUUUCAUUCAAUCUAUAAGAAAGAUUCGAUCUUUUUAAUGGGUUUUGAAGAUCAAGAAGAACAGAAACAGAGUCCAAAACAGAGUCAGAGCCAGAUGGUGUUCAAGUUCCACUUUCAUGUUCCCCAUCUCCACAUACACAAUCAUCAUAACCAUCAUUAUGUUCCGAAAGGCUGUGUCGCGAUUAUGGUGGGACACGAAGGAGAUGAAGAAGGUCUACACAGAUUCGUGGUUCCUUUGAUGUUCUUGAGCCAUCCUCUGUUUUUGAGUCUCUUGAAAGAAGCUGAAGAAGAGUACGGAUUCAAACACGCGGGCCCGAUUACGAUUCCUUGCCGCGUCGAUGAGUUUAAGCAUGCUCAGGAGAUUAUCGACGAGGAGACUCAUCGCCGUCACAGUCAUCACGGUAACGGGCACAACUACCAUCAUCACCACUACCACAACCAUCUGCCAUGUUUCUGAAGAUCUGUACUUGGAUUUGUUGGUUUAGUUUGGUAUUGGUUUGGUUUGACAUAUAAUUGGGUAUUGGUUUGGUUUGACUUCUCUUUUGAGAUUGUUUUAGUUUUUCCAUAAUUUUGGUUUGUAGUUAGUGAUGAUGAUGAAAAAAAUAGAGAGCAAUUGAAUGUGAAUUCUUCUCAUCACGAAUGUAAUAAGAGGAAUACGAAAUUUCAACUUGUGGUUGUGGGAUGACUGAAAUUUCAGUUUAAGUAAAUGAGUCAUCUGCGUCUUGCGCGGGAUGAGAUUAUAUUUUCAAAAAUAAAAAUUAGAAAUUUGCAUGA